AUGAACUCUAAACGACGUGCCGAACAUUCUGACGAUGAAGGACCUAAGCACAGUCGAGAUAAAUUUACGCGUGAACGUAGAAAUAGUGUUGAACAUAGACAUCCUAAAAGAAGAAGAUCGAUCACAUCGGAUUCAAGGAGAGCUCCAUUACCUGAUGGAGGUGAUCAUUAUAUUCCAAAUUAUGAAAAGGAAGGUUAUACACCUGGUCCUAGAUAUAACGGUAGACCUGGUGGUCCUACUGAAAUGCGUUUCACACCACAUGGAUUCCCAGUCGGUUUACCUUUAGGUUUCAGCGUUCCUGCACCUCCUAUUAUGGCUCCAGGAGGACUUAUGCCAAUGGAUUGGACAACUCCUCAGGGAAGGCAAGAGCCAUUAAAAGAUCCCGAACAAUUGGAUUUUUUAGUGACAUUCAAAUAUUUUGCAGAAUUCCUUCAAUCAUCACAACCUAAAGUUCGAUUUACCGAUGAUGAUCUACACAAGAGAUAUAAUGAUUAUAAGGAAAUAUUUGCUAUCAAACAAUUAAAAUCAUUUUUUGAAGUUCAUAAAAAAGAGGAAUGGUUCCUUGAAAAAUAUCAUCCAAAAUUUAUGGAACCAAGAGUUAUAGCGACGAAAGAAUUGAAAAAGAAAAAUUAUCAGCAAUUUGUAGCUGAUAUGAAAAAAGGUUUAUUUGAUAGUAUUAUUAAUGAUGUUGUCGAGGAGAGUAUUAUUAAAGAUGAAAUUAAAAUUGAAAACAUCACAACAGAAAAGAAUGAUGUUGACGAAGACGCCAACAGACUUUUUAUAAAGAGUGUUUCUCCUAGUAUUGCUAGACAAAAGAUUGAAGAUAUGUGUAAAGAAAUUCCUGGAUUCAAAUAUCUCGCAUUGUCUGAACCUAAUCCACAAAAAAAAUUUCAUCGUUUGGGAUGGAUCGUUUUUGAGGAAGGAACUGAUAUGGAUGAUGCAUAUGAAAAACUUAAUGAACAAAAGAUUGAUGAAUUUGUUUUUUACUUGGCUCGACACAAAAAUCAAACUGGGCCAGUUCGUAAUCGUACUACUCCAGAUAUAGCAAAUAGUUCUGAUCGUUUGAAAAAAGAUUUAGCAUCUGCCAUUAAACUUGUUGAAAAGUUGGAUAAAGAUGUUGAUGAAUCAUUUAAUGGUGUUCAAGCAAUUAAACAAAGGCUUGCGAUCAUUUUGGAUAAAGUUAUUAAGGUUAAGAAAUCUUUAGAUUUUCAUCUCGAAUAUUUACGUCGAGCGCAUCUCUUCUGUUAUUAUUGCGGUAGUGAAUCUGAUUCCGUAGAGGAACUUAAUCGAAAGUGUCCCGGUAGACAUUUAAGAAGUGUAGCUGGUUCAAAUGAUACGAAGUCAACUGGUAAAUCUCAAAAGGAGAAACAAAUUAAUGCAACAACCUGGUUGAAGACUUUGGAUCAUAAAAUUUAUUACAAGACGGAUCCAUCGAAAUUCGAAUCCGAAAUCGAAAAACACGGAGGACUUAAUAUUAAAAAAGUUAUAGAAGGUUUUAUUGAAGAAAAUGUCGUUGAGUUAGAAACCGGUAAAAAAUUUAAAUGUAGUAUAUGUACCAAAUUAUUUAAGGGUGCUGAUUUCGUUAAAAAGCAUAUCGAUUACAAACAUCACAAUAAAGCAAAAUUCUAUAAUAAUUAUGUACUUGAUCCAAAUCAUUUAUUGCCUACAACUCCACCGAAUCCUACCUCCACACUUAGUGGACCUACCAAUGUAUCACCUCUUCCACCUACUCCAUUUCCUGUUAUUCAAAAUGCUGCUCCUCCACCAUUUAUGAAUUUCGGAUUUCCUAUUGUUGGUGCCGCAGCGGGAACUCCUCAUGAUCAAAUACCUAGGAUUGGAUUCGAUGAAAACAAUCUUCCCAUUCUUCUUCUAGACCAAAGUAGUGAUUUUAAUGCGAGUUCAGAUCCUCGACAAGUGAAAUCUUAUGUCGAUUUGGAUGCACCAGCGGAAG